GUUUUUUUUUUAUUAUUUUUUUUUACCGAAUAAGAACACGUCAUUUAACUCUUGCCAGAGAAGUCGCUAUUAUCGAGCAAAAAGGACUGUUUGUUUGUAUGAACAGUCUUUAGGAACCCUAUAGAAUUUUCUCAGGUAUUACAAACAACUCUUUUGUAUUUUAUCCAUGUUGAAAGAUUCAAAAUCAUCAUAACAAGCGUAUGAGAAUAUUAUUCUUUUUUCAAAUACAAAAGUAGAACGAACCAUGCGAAUGUUUUUUUGAGUCGGUGUUGAAGUGACAACUCAUUUUCCAAUAACUUUUAUUUUACCCAUACGAAUUUUGAUUAAAAAAAAAUAUAAUUAUUUUUUUUUCUUCUCUUUUCUUCUUUCUAAUUUUUGGAUAUUUUAAAACACAACAGAAAAAAAAAUGAUAAUGAAAAAAUCAACUAUGAAUCAGCAUGAAAAUAAUGCCAGUGAUAAUAACGAGUUUACUGCAACAUCCCCACAACAACAACAAAAACAACAGCAUCUGUAUAUGCCUGUAAACAUGAACCAAAUACAGUACAACAAUAUACUCAAUUCUUCUUAUUCUACGCCGUCCGAACAACAACAACAACAACAACAACAACGGCAACAACAACAGAGGCAAGAAAGUAACACAAGCCCACUGGAUUCGAAAUAUCAUUGGCAAAACAGUUCAAUCGUAACUUCCGACAUGGAUAUGACACCUCUUCAUCAUCUAAGUAGCUCUCAAUCAUUAAACACUAUGUACGAUCAAUCUAUUCCUCCAAACUACUCUUCUCUGCAGCAAAGCAAUUCCAUGAUAAAUGGCCAAUACGGUUACCAUCAACAUCGUGGAAGUUUGCCUAUUAUUCAGCCCGAUCAAUAUACUACCAAUAUACAACCCACAAUAACCACUGCUCCUUAUGCUCGACGUCAUACAGAAGGCUCGAUUUCGGCGGCAACGCGGUACGCAAACCAAACUCGGAAACAGAAAACAGAGAGUCAAAAACACAAAAAGACAAAUGGUGCAGAUAGUAGUGAAGAAGAUAAGCGAAAGCACUUUUUAGAGAGAAACAGACAAGCUGCAUUGAAAUGUCGACAGAGGAAGAAGCAGUGGUUGGCUGACUUGCAACAUCGAGUUGAGUUUCUCUCGACAGAUAAUGAACAGUUACAGUCACAGGCUACAAUGUUGAGAGAAGAAGUUAUUAAUCUAAAGACACUCUUGCUGGCACAUCGAGACUGCAAAGUAGCUCAAGCAAAUGGAACAACAGUAAGCAUGAUUCAAAACGUGUCCAAUACCUUGACCAUGCCUUCUGCUAAUUCAAACAAUGAUAUGAUGGCAUAUCCUAAUCAACAACAUGAAGCUUAACUAUAGUAAUAUAUACAUAUAUAAAUUUCUGCACAAACAAUAAACACACAGACAUUGAAUCUAU